AUGUCUGCUGAGGAGCACGAUGUUACCUUCGAGUCCGCCGAUGCCGGCGCGUCUCUUACCUUCCCUAUGCAGUGCUCUGCUCUGCGUAAGAACGGUUUCGUCGUGAUCAAGGGCCGCCCUUGCAAGAUUAUCGACAUGUCCACCUCCAAGACCGGCAAGCACGGCCACGCCAAGGUCCAUCUUGUCGCCACCGAUAUCUUCACUGGCAAGAAGUACGAAGAUCUCUCUCCCUCUACCCACAACAUGGAUGUUCCCAACGUCAGCCGUCGUGAGUACCAGCUCCUUGAUAUCUCCGACGACGGCUUCCUUUCCCUCAUGAACGACGACGGUGACACCAAGGAUGAUGUCCGCAUGCCGUCCGACGGUGAGAUCGCCGACAAGAUCAAGAAGCUUUUCCAGGAGGAGGAGAAGGAUACCAACGUCAUCAUUCUCACCUCCAUGGGUGAGCAGGCUUGCGUUGAAGCCAAGGAGGCUCCUAAGGGCAAAUCUAUCUACGGAUUCAGCACAAGAAUGGUUAAUCUGUUGACGUCCGUUUGUCUCAGACUUCAAGCACGGUUUGCGCUCUUCUCAUGCGAGUUUGCGACGGCCGCCCUGCCAGAAUGGCGAGGUCCCGCUGAACGCAAACUCCUGCACGCCAACGGCCGGCGGGCCGAACCUCUCGCUCACAACCUCAUCCACCUAGCAGCAAACAUUGCUUGGUUCUACACAGAAUCCCAGCAGCCAUAUACUAUGACCUUCGGAACCAGGAUUUUAGAAAGGGAAUUCCUCCAGCCAUUUUGGCUUGACGAUGGCAUGCGGUACUGCGCCCGGGGCCAUCAGGUUGAGGGAUAUGUCCAAUUUGAUGUUGGUGAUGCAGUCGACGCUGGCAUGAUCGGCACAGUUUUCAAAAAGCAAAAAGCUGUCAAGGAAAAGGAAAAGCGACAGCUCACAGGCGAGGCUGGUAAACUGCUGUACCUUGAAGCGCUCCAGCUACUACUGCGCAUGCAGGUUCUAUGGCUCAUACAGGAAAGAGGACACAGAGAGGAGCUAGAGACUGUCGUCCGAGACUUGUGGGAUUUGCGCAUCCGCGGCGCGACGGCGUUGGGGCAGGGCACUGCUCCAGACGCGAAUGCAGAAGACGUCCUGCAAGUCUUUAGCUCGCAACCGUCCAUUAUUGAGCCCACGAAGCUUUGGACUUCUAAAUCCAAAGCGCAAGACUGGGGCACUGAUCGCGGACUUGGCUGGCCUAUGCCAAGUUUGAGCGACACUCUGGCGCUGUGUUACUUGGGAUGCUAUCUUCUGAGAAUACCAACACGCCUCGGCGAGCUCAUCAAGUGGGCAAAUGACCGCCAUCUCCCAUAUCGAAAUGCCUUUCAGCAACUGCCCACCGAGAUGCAAGAACGAAUGCCAUCCAACUACAUCAAAUUAUUGAAAUUGCCAAUGCGGUCGGCUUUAGAGGGUGCUCAGGCAUAUUCAGCAGUAAUGGACUUGGCUUGCUCAUAUCAUCUCAACUACAACAUGUUAUUCCCGGAUCUCAAUUACAUGCCAAUUUUGGUCCAAUAUGCCAAGCUGCUAGCAUUACCAGUGGAAUGUAUUGUUGCUGUCCGGAGAAUAUGCAACGCCCUUGGCUACCGAUUCCACUUGCCAGUACAAAGUACACGAGUCUAUCCUCUUCACAAUCCAGAGGUUCGGCUCAUUGCCUUACUCAUCGUUGCUACGAAACUAUGUUUUCCUUUUCAUGGCGGUAGUCCAUUGACCGUGUCCGAUGAUGGCCUGAUUCUGCCAUCAUUCGAUUGGAACAGCUGGGAAUCUGCCAGAGGCCAACCAGAGCCGGACAAAGCACGCACAUUCAAUGGCGUGACGCCCAGUGACGUCGCCAACAUGACAGACGACGAUCUCGAUGCCUACUAUCGUCACAUUGCAAGUUUUCUUGAAACGAAGAAUACGAAUCCAGUUACGGCUUUCUUCCCGGUCGAGCCGGAACCUGUGCCUGAUCCGGUACGCGCAGACCCGACACCUGAAGAAGUGGAUGAUAUGGCGCGCACAGUGCUGCAAAGUGCUGUGGGAAUGCCAAACACAGAGGUGCCUAAUCAGUAUGCCUACGAAGCAUAUCGACAGGUUGACGACCUCUCGCCAAUGGCUAAAUGCUUCUACAGUGCUAUUAGCUCAGCUGCAGAAGUUACACUUGACACCACGGUGCGCGCCGUGUACAUGCUUGAGCAAGCUAUUGUAGCGUGGCAAAAGGCCGAGGCGCCCGUCGAACCGAGUGCACCGAGUCGCAAUCCCGAACCGAUCGCUUUGGAGGAUCGAAGUACUGACAAGAGUCCCAAUGACAGCUUCGUGAAGACCCUGACGGGCAAGACCAUCACCCUCGAGGUCGAGUCCUCGGAUACCAUUGACAAUGUCAAGUCCAAGAUCCAGGACAAGGAGGGCAUCCCCCCUGACCAGCAACGUCUGAUCUUUGCUGGCAAGCAGCUUGAGGAUGGCCGCACUCUGUCCGACUACAACAUCCAGAAGGAGUCUACCCUCCACCUGGUCCUCCGCCUUCGUGGUGGUAUCAUUGAGCCGUCUCUGAAGGCUCUCGCUUCCAAGUUCAACUGCGAGAAGAUGAUCUGCCGCAAGUGCUACGCUCGUCUCCCUCCCCGUGCCACCAACUGCCGCAAGCGCAAGUGCGGUCACACCAACCAGCUCCGCCCCAAGAAGAAGCUCAAAUAA